UUCUUUUUCAGUCAGCAUGUCCUUUUAGGGGCUCCAUAAUAAGCAACAUUAACUGAGAAUUAAUUUUGAUCAGUGACGUAUAUUGAGACACUGUCUGUGGGUCGUACAUGUGCUCUGAUUCAUUACGGGCUGGUGCUUAUGUGUGGGUCAGCUGAUUCUGGAUCAGUUCAUUUCCUGUCCCACCCACCUCUACUCGCCACCACUUCCUGUCGCUAUUCUUUUCACCAAUUAACUGAAAGCAAAAUAAAAUCUCAAGGAUUUCAAAAUAUAACUUGUCUGUCUGCGGUCAAAGUGAAGACAUCCAGUCUUCCUCAAUAUAAGUUCCUGUACUUAGAAUCUUGCUCAAUAAUUCUUCAGAAAAUGUUUCCAGGAAGAAAGGUUUUAUGGUUUUAAAAACCCAGUUUUAUUUUUCUAUGUGAUGUAUUCCUGAACAUCCCUUCAAUCUUAAUGUGUUCAAAGCAUUAGUGAAACUAAAUAUGCCCUAUAUGUUAAUAAAUCUGUGUGAAUGAUUUACUGAUCAAUCAGAGUGGUGGCCAAUUUCUUAUAGCAAAAUGCUUUGGGACUUUUUUUUUUUUUUUUUUUUUUUGAAAUCAGUAACUCACUGGAUCAUGAUGAAAAGUUGUCUAAUGUUACUUAUGUGGGCAGGAGUGGGGAAGGAGGAAGAAUCAUUUUCUGUUUGUGAAACAUUUUAAAAUAAACAGUGUUAACUGAGAAAUUCAUCAGUUUAUCGUCUGCUGGAGAGACUCACCAGAACACGCGAUGUCACUGAUAAUGGCUUAUCCUCUUCCUCUGGUGUUUCUGCUCAUGAUUCAAGGAGUUUAUAGCCAGUGGCAUGUGAGUUACAGUCCUUCACACAUCUGUGCACUAAAGGAUUCAUCAGUGAUAAUGAACUGCACUUAUACAUACCCUGCUGGAUAUCAGAUCAAGAAAGUACUCUGGACCAAAGUUGAUGUAAAAGAGGAUGGAGAGUUUCUAGAUCUGUCUAAGGACCCUGAAUACAGACAGAGGCUUCAGUAUCUGGGAGAUAAACAGCAGAUCUGCACCAUCAGACUGAGUCAUGUGACACUGAAUGAUUCACACAAGUACUAUUUCAGAUUCAUCACUGAUAAAGAUGUGAAAUGGAUUGGUAAACCAGGAGUGACUCUUGCUGUCACAGAUCUUCAGGUGGAGUCUCCUGAGAGAGUGACAGAGAGAGAUUCAGUCCGUCUGACAUGUAAAAGCAGCUGCACUCUGACUGACAGAGCAACAUUCAUCUGGUACAGAAACUCACAGCUAGUAACUACAGGAAUCACUGGAAACCAGCUCAUCCUCUGGAGAGUCAGCAGAGAAGAUACAGGCAGAUAUAGCUGUGGUGUAUAUGGACACAGUUACACCUCUCCUGCUGUUCAACUCAAUAUCAGAUAUCCUCCAGAGAAUCCAGUGAUCUCCAUCAGUCCAUCUGGUGAAACAGUGUCAGGAGAUUCAGUGACUCUGAUCUGCAGCAGUGAUUCAAACCCUCCUGCAGAAAUCAGCUGGUUUAAAGGAGGAACGUUUGUAGGAUCUGGAAGAAUCUACAGCAUCUCAAAGAUCAGCUCUGAUGACAGUGGAGAAUACAAGUGCAAGUCCAUCAAUGAACAUGGAGAGAAAUACUCUGAUGCUGUGACUUUAAACGUCAUGUAUCCUCCCAGGAGAGUUUCAGUCUCCAUUAUUCAUUCUGGUCAGAUUUGGGCAGGAGAUUCAGUGACUCUGAUCUGCAGCAGUGAUUCAAACCCUCCUGCAGAAAUCAGAUGGUUUAAAGGAAGAAAGUUUGUAGGAUCUGGAAGAAUCUUCAACAUCUCAAAGAUCAGCUCUGAUGACAGUGGAGAAUACAAGUGCAGAUCCAAAAAUAAACAUGGAGUGAAAUACUCUGAUACUGUGACUGUAAACAUCAUGUAUCCUCCCAGGAGCAUCUCAGUCUCCAUCAUUCAGUCUGGUCAGAUUUGGGAGGGAGAUUCAGUGACUCUGAUCUGCAGCAGUGAUUCAAACCCUCCUGCUCUGAACUUCAGCUGGUUUAAAGGAACAACAUAUCUGAAAUCAGGACAAACAUACAACAUCUCAAAGAUCAGCUCUGAUGACAGUGGAGAAUACAAGUGCAAGUCCACCUAUGAACUUGAAGAGAAAUACUCUAAUGCUGUGACUCUAAAUGUCAUGUAUCCUCCCAGGAACGUCUCAGUGUCCAUCAGUCCAUCUGGUGAAAUAGUGUCAGGAGAUUCAGUGACUCUGAUCUGCAGCAGUGAUUCAAACCCUCCUGCUCUGAACUUCAGCUGGUUGAAAGGAAGAACGUUUGUAGGAUCUGGAAGAAUCUACAACAUCUCAAAGAUCAGCUCUGAUAACAGUGGAAAAUACAAGUGCAGAUCCAUCAAUGAACAUCGAGAGAAAUACUCUGAUGCUGUGACUUUAAAUGUCAUGUACCCUCCAAAGAAUGUCUUAGUGUCCAUCUCUGGUGAAAUAGUGUCAGGAGAUUCAGUGACUCUGAUCUGCAGCAGUGAUUCAAACCCUCCUGCUCUGAACUUCAGCUGGUUUAAGGAGAAUGAAAGCUCAGCUGUUGGAUCUGGACAGAGUUUCAGUGCACUACAGAGUGGACGCUUCUACUGUCAGGCUCACAAUCAACAUGGAUCUCAGAGAUCAGACGCUGUAACUGUCACAGUUCCUCACGGUGCUGGUAGGAAUGUGAUUGUAAUCACAGCGGCAUCUGGAGGAUUAUUCAUCAUCAUCAUCGUCAUCAUCAGCAUCAUCAUAUUUAUAAUUCAGAAGAAAAGGAAAAACAGAAGAUCUGUAAUACACGAGUAUGAGAAUGAUUCUCCCAGCACAGGAACAUAUGCAGCUCUUGACCCGAAGUCAAGAUCUUCUGAUGUGUACAACACACUCACAACUGUCCACCCCAGACCUGCUGUUCACCAUUCGGGCUCUUUUGAAUAUGAGAAUCCCCACAUUGAAGCAGCAUCCAGUCUCAACAUAUGAGCAAGAUAGUGGGAUAGUCCUUCAUGACUCGUUCGCUGUCGGUCAUCAUCAAAAGAGCUACUGCUGAACUUAGCUUACAUUUGAUUUUAUUUGAUGGAAAUACUAUACAGCAGAAAUCGAUGCAAUACGGUCAACAGAAAGUAGGUCCCUGCUACUCGCUCUUUCUACAAACAAUCUGCCACAGGAAAUAGAGAAAACAGAAAUGAUCACCAGUGCACACCUGACAUUGAACCAAUAAGAACUAACAACAAAUUAAUGCUCUUCCACACAUAGCAAGACACCACAUUAAGAUGAAGCAAAAGUUAAACUUUACUCACCUUUUGUCGCAGCACUGGACAUGCCCACAUCACAACUACCAAUAAAAAAUAAGGACUUUGUGUAAACACCACUAUAGAGUUUACAUUCUGCAGUGAAGUGACUUUUGUAAAAGAUAGUAAUGGUUUGUUUAUGUGUGACCAUGUGAUGAAUGAGCAACCAAAAGGUGUAUUCUGAUUGACAUGGUCACUACAGAGUGUUCACUGCUCCCUGAGCACUGAAUAUCCAUUAUCAAAAGCCCGGGACAAACUAACCCAACGAUCAGCUGGCUGUUCAACUUGUUGCAGUCACUGAGAGGCAACAACACAGUCAGCUUUCAUCGCCACUAGUUUUUUGACAUUGGCUUGGUGUGUCCCAGGCUAAAGAAAAGCAACAGGGUCACACAGAUUAUGAUAUAACACAAAUAUUGUAAUUUACUUUGCUUAAAAAUGUAAAAUUAAUAAAUACAUGUACACACAUGAAUCUAAUAAAUAUAAUCAAAACUUAAA